AUGGACUGCUUAGCGGGAGCACAGGAUAUUGGGAACUUCAACGUCGUGCUUUCCAAUGGCCAACUGCCAUCUGAGUCCAGCAUCACCCACGAAGGAAUGUUCAAUGAGCACUUUUUCGCGGUGGGAAGCGAGACUGAGAAGCCCUUCUCGUGCCAGUGGUUCACCGCAGUCUCUCCUGACCCUCUCAGUGGCGAGGUAGAGUACUGGGUGGGGUGUGGCUUGCGCGGACGUCUCGACGGGGAGGGCAUCCGCAAGUACGGACGCCCGCGCCUCAACCUGGUGCUCGUGCUCGACAUCUCGGGGUCCAUGAGCAACCCCUUCCGUAGCGGGGAUGCCAAGAACAUGCUGGAAGUGGCCAAGGACUGCGUAGUGGCGCUCAUCGACCACCUCACACCUGAGGACUCGUUCGGCCUGGUGGCGUUUGACACGAGCGUGGAAGUGGUGCAAGAGCUGGCGUCGAUGAAGACCUUGGACGUUGCUGCCUUCAAGGAAAAACUAUUUAAGUUGCAGCCUCGCGGAGGCACCGACAUGGAGCUUGGCAUCAACGGAGGCGCUAAGCUCUUUGAAGGUCUCGCCAACGAAGCUGGCACAGGCAAGCAGAACCGUAUGAUGUUCCUCACCGACGCCCAGCCCAACUCGGGGUCGACUUCGCCCGAUAGUCUGAUGGGAAUCUGCAAAGCCAACGCCGAGACGCGCAAGAUCUACACCUCGUUCUUCGGUCUCGGAGUCGACUUUGGUGUCGAGCUGGUGGAGGCGAUCAGCCACAUCCCGGCAUGCAACUACUUCACCGUUCAGUCACCCAAAGAGUUCAAGCAGCUCAUGGACAGGGACUUCGAUUACAUCGUCACGCCCUCCUGCUUCAACGUUCAAUUUACGGAUCCCGGCCACGAGAUUCCUCAGCAGGGCGUGUUGCUGGAGAUCUUGAGCACGUUCCCGUCACCCAAGGAAAACGACGACCAGACCAAGGGAGGCAUCGUGCUCAUCAAGCUCAAGAAGCCGCAGCAGCAAGCUGGAGAGGCCGAGCUCAAGGUGGUGGUGUCCUACGAUGACGCCGACGGUAAGCACUACUCCGACGAAAACACCAUCGCGGUGAGCUUGGCGGCAGUCAACGGCAAGGGCUACUAUUCUGGUUCCGCCAUACGCAAGGCAAUCGCCCUAGCCAGAUUCGUGAACAUCAUGAAGUGGUGGAUUCGCGACACGAGCAGCGGCAAGUCCGAUGCCAGCUCGGCAUCGGUGUCACAAGCGGCCGGCGUGCCUGUCCCGCCGGUGGACCCGCUCAAGGGCAACAGUUGGACACCUCUGGCCGUAUCGAAGCACUACAAGGCCGCGUUUGCCGAGUUCCUGAGCCACUACGAGCGCGAGCUCGAGGCCCUGGCCGAUGCCGAAGGGGGGGAGGAAAGCGAGGACCACCAGCACCUGGCGGAGCACACCCAAAAGCUGCUGGGCCUCAUCAACAACGUUUCGGCUGAAGAGAUCGACGCGAGCAUGCACGCAGUGCUGACUGACGAGGAGGUGGAAAGCGGCAGCGUGGACAGCCAAGAGCUGCGUAAGCGCGUCGAGGUGGCUCUGGGCACUGGCACCCGAGCUGUCGACCUGGCCGACAAGCAGUAUUGUUUCGACCAGGAGGUCAAGAGGCGCAUCAAGGAGAUUCUCGUCCGCAAGCUAACAGCUGCCGUGACGGCCGAAGGCGAGAACAACUUGAGGGCGGACCAGAGCAAACGCGAGGCCCUGGCCGAACGGAUCGCAGGAUUCGCGCUGGCACGCAAGGACAGCGCGGGUAAGGAACAGUGGCAACGCAUCGCUCUCUCCGAACUCGAGAAGUUGCUUCCGACCGUGCAGCAGCCCAAGAAGGGGCUGAUCGACCAACUGAAGGGCUGGUUCUGA